GACCGAUGGGACGGUGUUAUGCAAAUGAGCACCGGGCAGCGCUGUGAGUGCUGGAAGCAUCGCUCUUCCCGGCACACAUAUGUAUGUACACGGUGAGACUCUCCGCUCACAGAAGCACUCUAUCUCCGCUCUGGAUAUUUUACCACACCAAACCGCUCGGAUGUGCAAUAUGACUUUUGAAGAAACCGGUGGAGAUAAUUCUUCAGAUAGGAUGGAAACGGUGGCUAUAGCAUUAGAGGAGGUCCUGAGCUCUGCAUUGCCUCAGGGUUGCAUCACUGCUGGAGUCUAUGAGGCAGCAAAGUCACUAAAUGCAGAUCCAGACAAUGUGGUGUUGUGUCUGCUGGCCACAGACGACGAGGAGGAUGUGGCGCUCCAGAUUCACUUCACCUUGAUCCAGGCAUUCUGCUGCGAGAAUGACAUCAACAUCCUGCGGGUGAGCAACAUGAGGCGCCUGGCAGAAAUCCUGGGAGGAGUGAAGCCUGGAGGGGAGCCCAUGGACCUGCACUGUGUCCUAGUUACUAAUCCCCAGUCGUCCCUGUGGAAGGACCCUGCGCUGAGCAAAGUGACCAGAUUCUGCAGAGAGAGCCGCUGUUUGGACCAGUGGGUGCCUGUUAUCAACCUGCCGGACCGAUGAAACCCGCUGUGGAAUAUGAAUGUAUUGUGUGCAUUGGGGGAAAAGUAACUGCACAGGGCCUGUGUUGAUGUCUGUGUUGGAAAGAGAACCAGAGAGAGGCGGGAGGGGCAGGAAAAAAAAGAACUCACGUCAGCCAAACGUUCCAACUAAUUUCUCGGGUCAUGGUGAACUCGUGGGCCAAGGAGGAGUGACUCAGCAGUCUGCGUUCCAGGAUUUCCAACGUAUGACUGCGCCUUUCUCUGCCGAGAAAGAAGCCUUUACAGGAAGCUGAGCCGUGUGAGCUGACAGGCACACGUGGUGGGGAGCACAAACGCAGGACUGGGGGGGGCAGACGCAGAGCCUCAGUUGACAAGACUGCAAGAACUGGAGCAGUCAGAGCGCUCGGAACCAGGAAUUCCUCAUGAAAAUUUGACCAAAUCCACGCAUUUGUUUUACAGCACAUUUAUUUAAUAGUAUUUAAGACGUGUCACUUUGAUCACUCUAAAGGGAAAGUUUUCACACUUUAUUAUUAAUAUUAUUAUUUUAAGGGCAAUGCAAUGUUCCCACUUUUCCACUAACUGAUGUUUUUACGUGUUAUUAAUUUAAUGAAUUAUAUUUAUUGUUCAUGGAAUUCUGCCUUGUUACUUUGAAUGAAAUAAACAAACAAGCAACAGUUGA